UCGUAUUUAUUAAAAGUUCGAACGAAAUUUUUUACUAGUUUGAUUAAAAUUAGUGAAUUGUGAAGACAUAAAAAAUGAAGUUCGUAAAAGGAAAUAUUCAUCCAUUUUUAUUACACGAUCAGAUGAUUGAAAGUUUGUUGAAAAAGGAUGAAGCACUUCUUCAUCUUCCAACCAUUCCAAACUUUUUCGCUGGCCAAGAAAUUUUCAUUACUGGAGGAACAGGUUUUCUUGGAAAAGUGCUGAUUGAAAAAUUACUGAGAUCAUGUCCAGACAUUAAGACAAUUUAUCUACUAUUAAGACCAAGAAAGGGACAGUCGAUCAACGAAAGAUUAACAUCCCUUUGUGAUCAAGUUGUGUUUGAUGCGUUGAGAGUUUUCAAUCCAAAAUUUAUGGAUAAACUAGUUCCAAUUGAAGGUGACGUGUCACAACUUGGACUUGGAAUGUCAGAACAUGAUAAGAACAUGAUGAAAAAUGUGUCAAUAGUUUAUCAUUCAGCUGCUAGUGUCCGAUUUGAUGAUUCAUUAAAAUAUGCUGUAUUGAUGAAUACUAGAGGAACUCGAGAAGUUAUGGAAUUUGCCACAACUCUACGGAACAUCAAAUGUGUCAUGCAUGUAUCAACAACGUAUAGCAAUCUUGGAUAUGAUUUGGUUAAGGAAGAAGUUUAUCCACCGAUUGCAGACUGGAAGAAAACAAUUGAAGUUUGUGAAAAAAUGGAUGAAGAUGUGCUUAAUUUUGUUACAAAACUUUACAUAAACCUAAUGCCGAACACUUAUGUAUUUUCAAAAAAUCUAGCUGAACACGUUUCAAAUCAUUAUAAAGCUAGACUUCCUGUUAUUGUUUUAAGACCAUCUAUAAUAAUUAGCGCAUAUGAGGAACCAUUUAGAGGAUAUGUAGACAAUUUCAAUGGUCCGAUGGGAAUUAUGCUUGGUUCUAAUAUUGGCAUUCUUAAAACAUUACUUUGUGAUCCUAAUAAUGUACCUGAUAUGUUACCAGUUGACAUGUGUGUAAAGGCUAUAAUCAUUUCUAGUUGGAAGCGAGCUCACGAACAGUCCAGUGAGCUUCAAGUUUUCAAUGCUGCAACAGCAAAUAUGGUAAAAAUAACGAUUGAGCAACUUUUAGAAAUAGAAAGCACUGGUCCAAGUGAAGAAUUUCCGCCUGGAAACUUGCAGGUUUUUGUCCAAAGUUGUGGUGUCACUUUAAAUAGAAUAUUGAACUUGACUCGGUGUUUCUUUUACCAACUCAUACCAGCUAUGAUUAUUGAUUCUGCCCUAAAAAUUAAAGGAAUGAGACCAAGAUUAAUGAAACUUCAGCGCAAAAUGUAUGAAGCCAACAAGGCACUAGGAUAUUUUACAACCCACAACUUUGAAUUUCAAAAUGAUAACUUCAUAAAGCUAGCUUCAUACCUAAAACCCGAAGAUAUAAAAGCAUUCGAUAACAUGUCAUACUACAGAGGAUCGACAAUUACAUUUUCUCGAAUUUUACUCUAUGGAUUCAGACGAUAUUUAUUAAACUUUAAAGAUAAAGAUCUUGAAAGAGAUAGACAAAGGUCAAGAAAAAUCAGAAUAGCUACAUCAGUUUUCAAAUGUUUAAUGAUUGAUAACUUGUUGAAAAAGGAUGAAGCAUUGCACCAGCUUGAAACAAUUCCUGAAUUUUUUGCUCAACAAGAAAUUUUCAUUACUGGAUCAACAGGUUUUCUUGGAAAAGUGCUGAUUGAAAAAUUACUGAGAUCAUGUCCAGACAUUAAGACAAUUUAUCUUCUAUUAAGACCAAGAAAGGGACAGUCGAUCAACGAAAGAUUAACAUCCCUUUGUGAUCAAGUUGUGUUUGAUGCGUUGAGAGUAUUCAAUCCAAGUUUUAUGGAUAAACUUGUUCCAAUUGAAGGUGACGUGUCACAACUUGGACUUGGAAUGUCAGAACAUGAUAAGAACAUGAUGAAAAAUGUGUCAAUAGUUUAUCAUUCAGCUGCUAGUGUCCGAUUUGAUGAUUCAUUAAAAUAUGCUGUAUUGAUGAAUACUAGAGGAACUCGAGAAGUUAUGGAAUUUUCCACAACUCUACGGAACAUCAAAUGUGUCAUGCAUGUAUCGACAACUUAUAGCAAUCUUGGAUAUGAUUCUGUAAAGGAAGAAAUUUAUCCGGAUAUUGCCGAUUGGCAAAAGACAAUUGAGAUCUGUGAAAAAAUGGAUGAAAAUAUGAUUGACUUUGUCACAAAACUUUACAUAAACUUAAUGCCGAACACUUAUGUAUUUUCAAAAAAUCUAGCUGAACAUGUUUCACUUCAUUACAAAGAUAGACUUCCAGUUAUUGUUUUUAGGCCAUCUAUUAUAAUUUGUGCUUGGGAUGAACCAUUUAGAGGUUAUGUUGACAAUUUUAAUGGUCCAAUGGGAAUUUUGUUGGCUUCUCAUAUUGGAAUUAGUAAAACAAUGCUUUGUGAUCCUAAGAAUAUACUUGAUAUGUUGCCAGUCGAUGUAUGUGUAAAGGCUAUGAUCAUUUCUACUUGGAAACGCUCUAACGAACAAUCAAGUGAGCUUCAAGUGUUCAAUGCAGCUGGAGCAAAAAUGGUAACAGUAACGAUUGAACAACUUCUAGAAAUUGGAAGAACUGGUCCAUGUGAAGAAUUCCCGCCUGGAAACUUACAAGUUUUUGUCCAAAGCGGUGGUGUGACUAAAUGUGGAAUUUGGAACUUAAUUCGUUGUUUCUUCUAUCAACUAAUACCUGCGAUGAUUAUUGAUACAGGUCUUAAAAUUAAAGGAAUGAGACCAAGAUUAAUGAAACUUCAACGCAAAAUGUAUGAAGCCAACAAGGCACUCGCAUAUUUUACAACGCAUAACUUUGACUUCCAAAAUGAUAAGUUUAUAAAGCUAGCUUCAUACCUAAAACCAGAAGAUAUAAAAGCAUUUGAUAAUAUGUCAUUUUACAGAGGUUCAUUAAUAACAUAUUCUCGUCUGUUCCUUUAUGGAUUUAGACGGUAUUUAUUGAAUUUCAAAGAUGAAGAUUUAGAAAAGGAUAGACAAAGGACCAGAAAAAUAAGAAUAGCUACAACAGUCUUCAAAUAUACAAUGUAUUUUAUUCUAUUUUGUAUUAUAGUCUUCAAAACAGGUAUUAUGAGCUUUCUGUCACAAAGAUCUCAUUUCUCUGUCGACUGUGUUAAUUGAAAGUCAAUAUUCUAUACUUUUUGGAUUAUUUUGGGAUU